UUGCCCGCCCCUUUUAUCUCCUCAUACAAACUCAUAACCACCAUAGUAGUAUAUAAAGGUCUUUGCCUUCUUCGGUCCACUUUGCAAGAUGAGGAGGAUUUUGGUUUUUAUUGCUCUUUUUGUGGUCGUGCUUGGCAAGACGACUUUUGAGGGACAUCAGGUUCUUCGGAUCACUGCACAAGAUGAAGCACAGAUCAAUCUACUGAAAGAUCUUUCUGGUCAGAAACAUCUUGAGCUGGACUUUUGGAUGGGGCCGGUUCAUGAUUCUCUACCUGUGGAUGUUCGUGUUCCUUUCAACAGCCUUCAGCCUGUCAGGGCUUUCCUGGCGUACAAUCACAUCCAAUAUCGUGUUAUGAUCGAGGAUCUCCAGGAUUUGCUGGAUAAGGAGCAGCGUCAGAUGUUGAAAUCUCAUGUUAUUGCGAGAACUACAGAUAACUUUGACUACGCAAACUAUCAUGACCUGAGUACUAUUUAUUCAUUCAUGGACUUGCUUGUGGCAGAGAACAGUGGUCUAGUUAGCAAAAUUGUGAUUGGUCAAAGCUUUGAGGGCCGCCCCUUGAACGUUCUGAAGUUCAGCACUGGACCAAAUCGUCCUGGUAUCUGGAUUGACACCGGCAUUCACGCCAGAGAAUGGAUCACACAGGCCAGUGGAGUCUGGUUUGCCAAAAAGAUUGUGACUGACUACGGACAGGACCCUUACCUCACUGAUGUCCUUAACAACUAUGACAUCUUCUUGGAGAUCGUCAUAAACCCUGAUGGCUACGAAUACACCCAAAUUUCUAAUCGUAUGUGGCGUAAAACCAGAAGCCGAUACUCUGGCACCAGCUGUGUUGGAGUUGAUGCCAACAGGAAUUGGGAAAUUGGAUUUGGAGGUCUUGGUGCCAGUAGCAAUCCCUGUGAUGAAACCUACCAUGGGCCCAGUCCCAACUCUGAACCAGAGAUCAAAGCCAUUGUGGACUUUGUGAAAUCUCAUGGCAACCUUAAGGCAUUUUUAUCCAUUCACAGCUAUUCCCAAAUGCUCCUCUAUCCAUAUGGAUACACCUCCGUUCCUGCUAAAGACAAGGACGAACUGGAUGAGCUUGCCAGAAGGGCCACCGCUGCUCUGCAGUCUUUGUAUAACACUCGCUAUGUUUAUGGCAGCAUGAUUAACACUAUUUACCAAGCUGAUGGAGUCACUACUGACUGGACCUACAAACAGGGCAUCAAGUACUCCUAUACCUUUGAACUGAGAGACACUGGUCGCUAUGGCUUUGUUUUGCCUGCCGAUCAAAUCAUCCCUACUGCUGAAGAGACCUGGCUGGCUCUGAUGGUUAUAAUGGAGCACACCAAGAAUAAUCCAUAUUAAACAUACAACAGAAUUUGUAAUAAUUAAAAGUUGAUCUUUAAAUUAA